UCUGCUCCUGCCGGCGAGCAGCAGCUUCCUCCUCACACAUCUCGCUGAUGUGGAAAGACGCCAUUUGUAAUGGACCGCCUUGUUUGUGUGUGUUGCGGCUAAUGACACCCAACCAAGAGAGCUGGCAGUCCACGAUGCUGUGAGAGAAGACACGCCGCCGCACCGGGAACGAGCUCAGGAGCCCGGGUGAGGGAGUCAUCAUGGCUCCCAGACCAUCGUCAGGGGAACUAUGGGGUCUCCAUCUGAUGCCCCCACGCAUCCUGGUGGACUGCUGCCUUCCCAAUGGGAUGAUGGUGAGCCUGGAGUGUCUUCGAGAGACUCCUCUCAUCAGCAUCAAACAGCAGCUCUUCGCAGAGGCCAGGAAGUAUCCACUCUACCACCUUCUGCAGGAGGAGUCCAGCUACAUAUUUGUGGGCGUGACCCAGGAAGCGGAGAGGGAGGAGUUUUACGACGAGACCAGGCGGUUGUGUGACCUUCGACUGUUUCACCCAAUUCUAAAGGUGAUCGAGCCUCUGGGAAACCGUGAGGAGAAGAUCCUGAACCGGGAGAUCGGAUUCGCCAUCGGGAUGCCGGUCUGCGAGUUUGAGAUGAUGAAGGACCCUGAGGUCCAGGAUUUCCGUCGUGCCAUACUUAGCGUGUGCAGAGAGGCCAUGGAGGAGCGGGAGGGGGGCGGCGCCCAUAGCCAGGCGCUCUAUGUUUAUCCCCCAAAUGUGGAGUCCAGCCCCCAACUGCCACAGCACAUCUACAGCAAGUUGGACAAAGGGAGGUUGAUCGUAACCAUCUGGGUGAUCGUGUGUCCGUCCAACUCCAAACAAAAAUACACACUGAAGGUGAGUCACGACAGCCUGCCUGAGCAGCUGAUUGCCGAGUCCAUCAGGAAGAAGAGCAGGUCCAUGCACCUUUCACCUCAGCAGCUCCACCUAUGUGUCCAGGAGUACCAGGGCCAGUACAUCCUGAAGGUGUGUGGCUGUGAUGAAUACCUGUUGGAAAAGUACCCUCUGAGUCAGUACAAGUACAUCCGCUCCUGUAUCAUCAUUGGUCGUCUUCCUCACCUCAUGCUGGUCUCCAAAGACAGUCUCUACUCACAGCUUCCCGCCUCUGGAUUUGUAACACCAUCAUACAGUCGUCGAACUCCGCAGCCAUCUCCCUGUCUCGGAGGGUCAGAUGGUUCUCCUCCGCGCUCACUGUGGGCCUUCAAUACCCGGCUGAGGGUUCGACUGCUCUGUGCCACCUAUGUUAACGUCAACAUCCGCGACAUCGACAAGAUCUAUGUAAGGACAGGUAUUUAUCAUGGAGGAGAGCCACUCUGUGACAAUGUCAACACACAAAGGGUACCCUGCUCCAACCCAAGAUGGAACGAGUGGCUGACCUACGACAUCUACCUGUCUGACCUCCCCCGCUCAGCCAGAGUCUGUCUGUCUAUCUGCUCUGUGAAGGGAAGGAAAGGGGCCAAAGAGGAACACUGCCCACUGGCCUGGGGAAACGUCAACCUCUUUGACUAUAAGGACAUUCUGGUGUCAGGCAAAGUGGCGCUGAGUUUGUGGCCCGUCCCUCACGGACUCGAGGAUCUGCUGAACCCCAUAGGGGUGGCCAGUUCCAAUCCUAACAAGGAGUCUCCUUGCGUAGAACUCGAGUUCUCCUGGUUCACCCAGCCGGUGGUGUUUCCUGAUGAACAGCAAAUUGAAGAACACGCCAACUGGACCAUCAGCAGAGAACUGGGCCUCAACUACACACAUGGCCUGAACAGUCGUCUGGCAUGUGACAGCAGUGUUUCAGCAACAGACGCCGAGCAGCUUCGAUGUCUCUGCUGUAAAGAUCCUCUCUACGAACUCUCUGAGCAAGAGAAGGACUUCCUGUGGAGACAUAGGCAUUACUGUGUCAAUAUUCCAGAGUCUCUUCCGAAGUUACUUCUUUCGGUUAAGUGGAAUUCCAGAGAUGAAGUAUCUCAGAUGUACUGUUUGUUGAAGGAGUGGCCUCUAAUGGAGUCCGAGUCGGCUCUAGAACUGUUGGACUGUAACUUUCCUGAUCCUGUGGUAAGAGAGUUUGCACUGCGCUGUCUGGUCCAGAGCCUGACGGACGACAAGCUGUCCCAGUACCUGCUGCAGCUCGUACAGGUGCUGAAGUAUGAGAUGUACCUUGACAACCCACUUGCCCGUUUCCUGAUCAAGAAAGCGCUGACCAAUCAGAGGAUAGGACACUUCUUCUUCUGGCAUCUCAAGUCUGAGAUGCACAACAAGACGGUGUCACGACGCUUCGGUCUGCUGCUCGAGGCCUUCUGCAGAGCCUGCGGCAUGUAUCUAAAACACCUGAACCGGCAGGUGGAGGCAAUGGAUAAACUGGUGAACCUCACAGAUACUCUGAAACAAGAAAAGAAGGACGAAACACAGAAAACUCAGAUGAAGUUCCUGGUUGAACACAUGUCUCGUCCAGAUUACAUGGAGGCUCUGCAGGGAUUUGUCUCGCCUCUGAACCCUGUGCACCAGCUGGGACAUCUCAGGCUGGAGGAGUGCAGGAUCAUGUCAUCUGCAAAGCGCCCCUUGUGGUUGAACUGGGAGAAUCCUGACAUCAUGUCUGAGCUGCUCUUCACCAACAAUGAGAUCAUCUUCAAGAAUGGAGAUGAUUUGCGGCAGGACAUGCUGACGCUGCAGAUCAUCAAGAUCAUGGAGAACAUCUGGCAGAACCAAGGACUAGACCUGCGGAUGCUCCCGUAUGGAUGUCUGUCCAUCGGAGACUGUGUGGGUCUCAUCGAGGUGGUGAAGAACAGUUUCACCAUCAUGCAGAUUCAGUGUAAAGGAGGCCUGAAGGGGGCGCUGCAGUUUAACUCAAACACACUGCACCACUGGAUUAAAGACAAAAACCGUGGAGAGGCCUACGACCGAGCCAUCGACCUGUUCACCAGGUCUUGCGCGGGUUAUUGCGUGGCGACGUUCAUUCUGGGAAUUGGCGACCGCCACAACUCCAACAUCAUGGUGAAGGAGAACGGGCAGCUCUUCCACAUUGACUUUGGUCACUUCCUGGACCACAAGAAGAAGAAGUUUGGCUACAAGCGGGAGCGAGUUCCUUUUGUGCUGACACAGGACUUCCUGAUUGUCAUCAGCAAAGGAGUCCAGGAGUCAACCAAGACAAAGGAGUUUGACAGGUUCCAGGAGAUGUGUUACAAAGCGUACUUGGCCAUCCGUCAGCACGCCAGCCUCUUCAUCAACUUGUUCUCGCUGCUGCUUGGCUGCGGGAUGCCUGAACUGCAAAGCUUUGACGACAUCGCCUAUCUGAGAAAAACCCUUGCACUGGAGAAAAGCCAGCAGGAGGCGCUGGAGUAUUUUACCAAACAGAUGAAUGACGCUCACCAUGGAGGCUGGAGCACCAAGAUGGACUGGAUCUUCCACACUAUUCGACAUAUGCCCAAUGAGCACUAACACACAUACGCGCACACACUACAUGUUGUCAUGGCAACAUGAAUCUCAGGGUUGCAGGUCAGAGAAUGCCAAAGGCGUCUUCCAUCCGGUGCUAAUGUUAGCCAGUUAGCUGUUGUAGCAUUAGGUUUGAAUCAAACUUUAUUAAGAAGCUGCUGUAAGAAAGCAGAGCAAUAAACUCGAGACAAUCAGCCCUAACCAAUAGAGAUGGGCAAUAAUGCAAAUUUUGAUAUCAAUCCCAUACCAAGUAAAUACAGGACCGGUAUUGGCGAUACUGAUACUUUUUACUUGAAAAUUUUCAAGAUCAUUAAAUGAUUUUGUGAUUUUUUUCUUUUAAUUAAUUGACCAUGAUUAAUCAGAAUAAAAGACUGAUAUUUUAAAUGUUUUUAUCUAUAAACUUAUUUGUGAACAUAACAUAAACACAACUUUAUAUAUACUG